AUGGUACAAGUAGAUAGUCGUCAAUUAAUCCAAAUUGUGAAGUUGACUCGAAAGGAAUAUUUGCACAACACACAUGCAGCCACCACCAACAGUGCCACCAGCGUCACCAGCGUCACCAGCGUCACCAGCGUCACCAGCCCUAGCAGCCCCACCAGCAGCACCAGCGCGAACAACACCGGAAGCCGAGGGGGGAAAGCAUGUUACCACUUGCGAGUGGCAAUUAUUUGCAACUCCGAUUCAGGCAGCGCUGUCUGCUCGUGUCUGACGAGAAAACCUGAUUCAGAAAAGAUUAGCGAAACAAUUCCAUGUCCGGAUUGUCCUUCUUCUUGCAAUAAUGCCAUAACCAAUGUUCACAAAUGA